AUGGCUGCCCUCCUCCUUUCGACUCCUCGUCUCCUCCUCCUCCCGCUCCGCCGCCUCCGACCCAAACCCCUCCUCCUCCUUCCCUCGCCGGCCAUGUCCUCCCCGCCCCCGCCGCAGUGGUCCUGCGCCGUCUGCACGCUCGACAACCCCGCCCGCUCCCGCGCCUGCGACGCCUGCGGCUCCUCCCGCCCAGUGGUGGUCCACGGCAACGCCCUCGCCGAGUCCCGAACCCCACCUCUUCCGGCGGCCAUGUCCUCCCCGGCGAAGGCCCGGCCUUGCUCGGCGCGGCCGGCCCCGCCGCAGUGGUCCUGCCCCCUCUGCACGCUCGACAACCCCGGCCACGCCCGCGCCUGCGAGGCGUGCGGCUCCUCCCGCCCCGUGGAGGUCGAGGCCGACGCCCUCGACCUGGGCGAGCUCGCCGGCGCCUCGUUCCUCCCGCUCCAGCGGCGCCCCAGGAAGAGGGAGCGCUCGGCGUCGCCGGAGGUCGUGGGGGUGCGCUCUGACGAUGGCGGGGAGGAUCGGGCGGCCGAGAAGAAAGCAAGUUCUGAGAUUAUUUUGGAUAAGAAGACCUUCAAAAUCAUGACAUAUAAUGUCUGGUUCCGGGAGGAUUUGGAAUUGCGUAGAAGGAUGGAUGCUCUUGGGGAUCUUAUUAAGAAUCACAACCCUGAUCUGAUAUGCUUCCAGGAGGUUACACCAAACAUAUAUCUGCUUCUGCAAAAAUCUGACUGGUGGCAAGAAUACCAAUGCUCGCUGUCGAAUAACAUGGCUACUCAGCGGCCAUAUUACUGCAUGCAGAUGAGCAAAUUACCUGUGGAAUAUUUUGACUGCACUCCAUUUUCUAACUCAAUAAUGGGAAGAGAGCUGUCUGUAGCACAUGUCAACACUGGAGGUGCAGUUAAGUUGGUGCUGGCCACUAGCCACCUUGAGAGUCCAUGUCCUGGACCUCCUAGUUGGGAUCAGAUGUACAGCAAGGAACGAGUUGCUCAGGCAAACGAAUCUCUAAAAAUUUUGGGAUCAUUCCGCAAUGCAAUAUUUUGUGGUGAUAUGAACUGGGAUGAGAAAGGAGAUGGGCCGUUCCCUCUCCCAGAUGGCUGGACUGACGCUUGGGUUCAGUUGAAGCCAGACGACGAUGGCUGGACUUAUGAUACGAAAGCUAACAGCAUGCUUUCAGCCAACCGUAAGAUGCAGAAGAGAUUGGAUCGAUUCUUGUGCAAGCUGGCAGACUUCAAGAUUGAUAGCAUCCAGAUGAUCGGGAAGGAUGCGAUACCUGGUGUCACAUAUUUCAAGGAAAAGAAGGUCCGCAAGGAGGUCCACAAACUGGAACUUCCCGUCUUACCCAGUGACCACUUUGGACUUGUUUUGGGCAUCACUCUUGAAAGCUGACAAUCUGAUUAUAUUGGUCCUACAGUUGUUUCAUUUCAUGUGUGGCCAUCUUUUGUGUAGUAGCACAACUCUUUCAGUUGUGCUUAGUUCUUAGUAUGACUAAAGAGCUACUCCCUCCAUAUUUUUUUAUAUG